UGUAUAAUUACCACUACAUGCUGCUCAGUUAUACGGUAUUACGUGUCUUUUUUCGGGUUUAAAUGGCCUUUAAGAUAUUUUCCAGACUCACCGCGUUAAACCUCCGUCUGAAGUCUCCUCCGGCCGCCUUCAGAGCGCUGAGCUCCGGCUGCAGUUUAACGGUGGAACACGACCGACAGAACCGGCGCUUCACCGUCGCUCCGGGCAGCGGGGCGGGUGACCCCGACAGUGCGGUGCUGCACUACAAAUUCACCGGAGAGAAGGAAGUGGAUCUAAUAUCAACCUUCGUACCAGAGACAUUCAGGGGUCAAGGUGUUGCUGCUCUGCUGUCACAGGCUGCCAUGGACUUCUUGGUUGAAGAAAACCUCAAGGCUCAUAUUUCCUGUUGGUACAUAAAGAAAUACAUCGAGGAACAUCCACAACAACAACAAUAUAAAGAACUUGUCAUCACUUGACUGCAGCCUGUAUGUCCAAUACAGCCUGAGAUACUACCUCUAAUCAUAUACAACCUCAUGCACAUUAUUGUACAGUUAUGUAAUUAUGUACAUUAUUGUACAGUUAUAUGGAGGCCAAAUGAAAAUGUGCCAUACUUGAUCUGAAGCAUCUAAACGUCACAUAAUAUUAAACAUAAAAAGGCCUUAAACACAUUAAAGUAAGGCACUGUGUAAUUCAUAUAUAUUUUUUUAUAUUUAAUUAAUCUUAAUUAUGAGUAUAUUUACUGAAAAUACCCUCAGAUAAAUUCUGGAUUUGUAGAUGAAGAUUUUUUUUUUAAUUUUUUAUUUAUUUUUGUCUGUUAUAUUUUCUCACAAAAUAGUUAUAUUUAUUAAUUAUUAAAGAUUGAGGAAAAUACAUGUUUGAUGAUGUCUGCACAGUAAAAUAAAUGAAUAAAAAUCUUUCUAAAAUGUAUUUGUUUAAAAUAAAAUGUGGUCUCGUCUUUGACCAUCAUUGAUAUCAGGA